AUGGAAUCAAUAAAUUUCCUACGUUUCCUCUUUAUCUUUCUUAGUGGAGCUCUUGUUUUACUAUUCAUCACUUGGGUUCAUCUCCCCUAUGCUCCACGACCAACCACCACCACUGACCUCCUCGAUUGCUCCACCAACACCAACUCCCCUUGGUGUACCUCCAAGAACCGUUUCCAAUCCACCAAUAAUAUACUCAAAAGACCACCAAAUCGCAAGCACCACCACCACGAAUCAUCCACCCCUCGUCAUCCUCUAGACCCCUUGACAAUCUCAGAAAUCAACAAAGUUCGUACAAUCCUAAAAUCACACACCCUUUUCAAGUCAUCGUCUCCCUCCGCUUUCCACUCAAUAGUCUUGGAAGAUCCAGACAAAUCACUUGUCCUUAAAUGGAAAAAAGGAGACCCCAUGUUACCAAGAAAAGCAGCCGUGGUCGCACGCGUGGCUGGCAAAUCAUACGUGUUAACGGUGGAUAUAAGCACAGGCGAGGUGGCUGUACAAGAAACUGGUUCUCGUUCAGGUUACCCCACUAUGACAAUAGAGGACAUGACAUCAUCGACUUGGGCCCCGCUGUCAAACGGUGAUUUCAACCGUACGAUCAUCGAGCGUGGAGUUGAUCUUAAGGACCUUGCAUGCUUGCCAAUCUCUUUAGGUUGGUUUGGUGAAAAUGAAGAGAAUAGGAGGUUGAUUAAGGUGCAGUGCUACUCCAUGAAGGGCACUGCAAACUUCUACAUGAGACCAAUAGAAGGGUUGACUGUUUUGCUUGAUAUGGAUACUAAAGAAGUGGUGGAGAUAUCAGAUAAGGGCAGGAGCAUACCUAUACCAAAGGCAGCCAAUACGGAUUAUCGUUUUUCUGUACAGGAAAGCAAUCCUGAGAUGAUGUUUGUCAAUCCAAUUUCAAUUGAGCAACCAAAAGGACCGAGUUUUACCGUAGAAGACGAGCACUUGGUUAAAUGGGCAAAUUGGGAAUUUCACCUUAAACCCGACCCUAGAGCUGGUGUGAUCAUUUCUCGGGCUAAGGUACGGGACCCGGAUAGCGGGGAGAUGAGGAAUGUGAUGUAUAAAGGGUUUACUAGUGAGUUAUUUGUGCCUUACAUGGACCCCACCGAUGCAUGGUAUUUUAAGACGUACAUGGAUGCGGGUGAAUACGGGUUCGGGUUGCAGGCCAUGCCACUUGACCCGCUUAAUGAUUGUCCUAGGAAUGCCUAUUAUAUGGAUGGUGUGUUCGCCGCUGGUGAUGGAACUCCAUAUGUCCGAUCGAAUAUGGUUUGCGUGUUCGAGAGUUACGCCGGUGAUAUUGGAUGGCGGCAUUCGGAGAGUCCAAUUACGGGUAUGGAGAUUAGAGAAGUGAGACCGAAGGUGACGCUAGUGGUUAGAAUGGCAGCGUCGGUUGCAAACUAUGAUUAUAUAGUUGAUUGGGAGUUUCAAACCGAUGGACUAAUCAGAAUUAAGGUUGGACUUAGUGGUAUUUUGAUGGUGAAAGGAACCUCUUACGUGAACACGAACCAAAUUCCGGGUCAAGAAAAUCUCUAUGGCACCCUAUUAUCAGAAAACGUAAUCGGAGUUGUUCAUGACCACUACAUCACAUUUUACCUUGACAUGGACAUCGAUGGCUCUGAUAAUUCCUUUGUGAAGCUAAACAUUCAAAAGCAGCAGACCUCACCCGGAGAAUCACCGAGGAGGAGCUACUUAAAAGCUAUAAGAAAUGUGGCAAAGACAGAAAAAGAUGCACAAAUUCAGCUUAAACUUUAUGACCCAUCCGAGUUCCAUGUGGUCAACCCGACUACAAGGACUCGGGUCGGAAACCCCGUCGGUUACAAGGUGGUUCCUGGUGGCACAGCUGCUAGUUUGCUAGACCAUGAUGAUCCUCCCCAAAAACGUGGUGCAUUUACAAAUAACCAAAUAUGGGUCACUCCAUAUAACCAGAGCGAGCAAUGGGCGGGUGGGUUAUUUGUUUACCAAAGUCAAGGUGAAGACACUCUUGCAGUGUGGUCUGAGAGGGAUCGACCAAUUGAGAAUAAGGACAUUGUAUUGUGGUACACAUUAGGGUUCCAUCAUGUACCGUGCCAGGAGGACUUCCCUAUUAUGCCAACUGUAUCGUCGAGUUUUGAUCUAAAGCCUGUCAACUUCUUUGAGAGCAACCCAAUUCUCCGGAUCCCACCUAAUUUUGAAAAAGAUUUGCCUGUUUGCAAGCCUGCUGCUUCUACUUGA